AUGGCGGCACUAAUUAAGGCGGCCAACGCCAAGAUCAGGUCAAACCCGAUGCUGAACUACAUCUGCUCAACUCACUUCUGGGGACCCGUAUCCAACUUUGGAAUUCCCGUUGCCGCUGUGCUGGAUACGCAGAAGAGCCCUGACCUCAUCUCCGGGCAGAUGACAGGAGCUCUGUGCAUCUACUCAGCGACCUUCAUGCGCUACUCCCUCGCCGUCACGCCCAAGAACUACCUUCUCUUCGCCUGCCACUUCGUCAACGAGUGCGCCCAGUUGACGCAAGGAUACCGAUAUUUGUCAUACCACAACUGGGGCGGAAAGGAGAAGCAUGAUCUGGAGAAGGGCAUCGAGGCCGCGAAGGAGAAGGUCGAGAAGGUUGAGAAUAAGGUUAAGGAUGCCAUAAAACGCGCCAGGUUCGGUUUACCGCCUUCACUACGUACUCGUAUCCCCGAGGAAGGCGGCACACGAGACGCAGAGUUGUCGCCACCCUUUAAGGCGUCGAUUCAAGAUGGUCUACUCACUUGA